CCCAGACUCCGAGUCACGUGACUGAUAUUCCAUCCUCGCCAUUUUGCAAUGUGGGAGAGAGAGAGGCCACUUUUUAUGGCCAACGAAUAAAACAAAGUAGUUUUAUGUGCUGAGGACAAAGAGCGUCGAGCCUUUCUGUGUCAGUCAUGGAGGAGAUCAGCAAUGUAGCUGUACUCAUCACACACUCCUCCGCUGCCUCCUCUUCCUCUUCUCCUCCGUCAGCACUGGAAUCCCUCUCUCAAAGCCAAACCCAGCAGGCUGCGAAGGACCCCUCCCAGAGUUUCCAGCAGAAACAAGCUCCCGAUUCUCUCAUCCAGGUCAUUGAGAAGCUCAGCAAAAUUGUGGAGAAGCGGCCGCAGCGCCGCUGCACCUUGGCAGGACAGAAAAGAGCAUUCCAACAGGCCUCCUCUGCACAGGGGGGAGGAGGAAGAGGAGGAGGAGGUGAGGAGGGGGUGGGGGGACGCCGAGGUGCCUCUCCCAGUAAGAAGAUCAAAAGGAUCUGUAAGGAGCAGGAGUGCAACGAGGAGGUGAGAUUAGAAGGCAGCACAAUUGAUGGUGCUCUUUCUCCACAUGAGUCAGGUGACAGUAACAACAACAUCAACUCCACGGUAACAGAGGUAGCUGGCAACCCAAACAGCAGCAACCACAAGCGGACAGUAACGUGCUAUCAGUGCAGCCUGUGCCCCUAUCUCUCCCAAACACUGCCCCUGCUGAAAGAGCACCUGAAGCAACACAAUGAGCAGCACAGUGACCUCAUCCUCAUGUGCUCUGAGUGUCGCUUUACCUCCAGAGACCAGGGUCAGCUGGAGGCACAUGUCAGGCUGCACUUUGACAAUGGAGGCAACCUGAAGAAGAAUUCUGCUCAGUUGGAUACCUACAGCGAGGAGAAGGAAGAUGAUUUAAGAAAGCAGGAUGGGGACUGGACUGGGAGCGGUGGCAGCAUAGGAGCCGAGGUCAUCAAAAGCUCAGUGGACAGUUCCAAGGAGCUGUCACAGAAGAAGAAGUGGUAUAGCUAUGAGGAGUAUGGAUUGUACCGAUGCCUGAUCUGCAGUUACGUGUGCAGCCAGCAGCGAAUGCUAAAGACCCAUGCCUGGAAGCACGCCGGCCUGGUCGACUGCUCUUACCCUAUCUUUGAGGACGAAGACGGGGCUCCUGCAGUGAGAGAGCCCCAGACUGCAGCUAACACUGCCGCAACCAGAGAAAAAAUAGUAGUGCUUUCCCCUGUUCUUCAAGAUAAAAGCCUGCAAAAGCUCCCCACUGCCUUCAAGCUCCAGCUCUGUGUGCCAUUGGCUGUUGACAACAAACAGGAUGUGUUGAAUAAUCCAGUUUCUAAUCUCAGCGAUAGUUCAAAAACAGCAGGGCAAGAGGAGGAAAGCGUGUACCCUAUCAAAGACCUGAGCUCAGAGGAGCCCAUGGUGGAGGUGCAGGUAACCACGGAGGCAGAGACUGAAGUCGAGAUAGAUAGUCACCACGACGGUGCCUCUGCCACGGACAGCUUACUGUCAUCAGCCCAGAAGAUUAUCAACAGCAGUCCCAACAGUGCCGGCCAUAUCAACGUGAUUGUAGAACGCCUACCGUCAGCUGAGGAUUCAGUCAUGGCGACUAACCCACUUCUUCUUAGCCCAGACGUGGUCAGGGGAAAGAGCUUACUGGAUGCAGAAGAGGAAGAGCGGGACCAGGUGGGAACUGCGAAGGAUGAGGUGGUCCUAGGCUGCAGUGCAGGUACGACCGACAGCCAGCCAUUAGGAGCUGAUAUUAAAUCCUCUGCCGCUAUAAGUAGCAGCUCUCCAAGGGAUGAAAACAUUCCCCCAGCUGGUCGCAAGAGGACACAUUCUGAGUCUCUCCGCCUGCACUCGCUGGCCGCUGAGGCCCUGGUAGCUAUGCCGAUGAGGACCCCCGAACUCCCCACCUCCAGCACCAAGGUGAGCCUGAAGACCAUAACAGCCCAGGCACAGUGCCCGAACGUGGGCCAGAAACUGGUAGAAGUGACUACAGCUGGACAGAAGGCAUCUGACAUCGGGACGACAGCAGCUCUGUUGGACUUGGAGCUUCAGGGCGAAGGCAGAGAGGAAGAGUUGGGGUCCCUGGGCCUCGGGGAAGGAGACGAGGAGGGCCCUGCUGCUAAAGCUGGCAUUAGCCUGUCACUACUCACCGUCAUUGAGAGACUCCGAGAGCGCUCGGACCAGAACGCCUCUGAUGAGGAUAUCUUAAAAGAGCUUCAAGACAACGCACAGUUCCAAAAUGGCACCGUGGCCAGUGUGGUCACAGGGAACGGAGCUGGCAGCUACAUGUGCACCAUCCCAGGAAUGGAUGGGUUGGUGGCCUCUCCUGAUGGUGGUCUAGUGGACUAUAUCCCCGGCAGUGAAAGGCCGUACAGAUGCCGCCUGUGUCGCUACAGCAGCGGUAACAAGGGCUACAUUAAACAACACCUACGGGUGCACAGGCAAAGGCAGCCGUAUCAGUGUCCCAUCUGUGAGCAUAUCGCCUCAGACAGUAAGGACUUGGAGAGUCAUAUGAUCCACCACUGCAAGACCAGGAUGUACCAGUGUAAGCAGUGCCCAGACGCCUUCCACUAUAAGAGCCAGUUAAGAAAUCAUGAAAGGGAGCACCACAGCCUCAGCAGUGACAUGGCAGGCCUCACUCCUGUCAGUGAAACCGUGGCCACAGUGGAGGAUGCAGAGCGGGUAACAGAUGAAGAAUGUGGUUUGCAGAAGAUGUACAAGUGUGACGUGUGCGACUACACUAGCUCUACAUAUGUUGGGGUGAGGAACCACCGGCGGAUUCAUAACUCCGACAAGCCUUAUCGGUGCUGUAGUUGUGAUUUCGCCACCACCAACAUGAACAGUUUAAAGAGCCACAUGAGGAGGCACCCUCAGGAGCACCAAGCUGUGCAGCUACUGGAGCAGUACAGGUGCUCUCUGUGUGGCUAUGUGUGCAGUCAUCCGCCGUCACUCAAGUCCCACAUGUGGAAGCACGCCGGAGACCAGAACUACAACUACGAGCAAGUUAACAAAGCCAUUAACGAGGCCAUCUCCCAGAGCAGCCGAGCUCCUCAGAAGUUGUCUGCAGUACUAGAGUCAGUGGCAGAGCGUCCUGUGGUGACCCAGUCCUCAAAAGACAAAGUAAAAGGCCCUGCAGAACAAAUACCAGCACCCACAUCGACACCAACAGCAGCUGACCUGGCUGUGGACAACUCUGCAGACCUCCCCACUUCCACCACAGACUCCUCACAGUGGUCCGGUGAAUCCCCAAGCCCCCAGGGGAAGGACCCCGCACCGCUCCAAUCUCAGACCCUAAGCCAGUCACGCACAGGCCAGGCCCCGGUCCCGGGCCCCAGCAUGGAAUACUGUGUGCUCUUGUUCUGUUGCUGUAUCUGUGGCUUUGAGUCCACCAGUAAAGAGCGGCUGAUGGAGCACAUGAAGGAGCACGAGGGAGACAUCAUCAGCAUCAUCCUCAACAAGGAGCAGCAGCAGCAGCAGCAGCAGCAACAACCAGAAGUACAACCAAGUCUCCAAACAGCAGAGUGAGCCCUGCCCUUCCCUCCCUCUCUUUAUAUUAACACUGACCCUGUGCUCUUAUAAUGAUCUGCUGCCCAUAGAAGUAUUUCAUUGUGUUUCUUUACCUCAAGGUGGUCGUGGUGGAUAUCAAGGUGUAACCAUUUCACGUCUACUGUAUCGUAGUAGUCAACUGUCGUGUCUCAGACAUUUCUGUCGUCGGGUCAGUUGUGGUGUCAAAUGGUUACAACUGUGAGGCUGCAAUAACUGCUGUCCAGUGCAGACAUGUUGAACAAGUAUCGAGAAAAAUGAUGAAGUGAAUUUCUGAGUGGCAUAUCCUUUGAAAGGAAUGUUAAAAAAAAAAAAAAACACAGGAACAAUAUUAUAAACCAUUAAUAUUUGUAUCAAAUAAUUUGACAUUAAGAGACACAAACUGUGUCUGUAGAUAAGUGAUUGUGAUUUUUAGGGACAAACCUGAGCUCUAACCCAAGUUAGAUUUUUCACUAUACAGGGAUAAGUUCAUACCUCACAAAACCACACAAUCCCUCACCAGAAAUGGAAAAAAAAAAGGAUCCACAUAUUUUCCAGUCUAAUUCAUUUAGUGACUAUAAGGCAGCUCUUUUAUUGCUACUGUAAUAUUUAAUGUAUUUAAUUCGACACAGUUGAGGCUCUAGCCUUGUUAAGGAGGUACAUGUGCAAACUCACCAAUGCCUAAAGGCAUGCAUCACAGCUUGAAUAUGAGUUAAUAUUUAUCAGGUUUUUAUGCAUGUUAGUUUCCGUUAUGCCAAUUCAAGGAGGCAAAUGUUUAUUGUUUUUUGCAUUUUUUUUUUGUUUGUUUGUAUGAGUGAGUGUAAUUUUAUUCGUUGGACUGCUUUAUAAAGUAGUGUCUUCAGGGGAGAAAGUAAUAGUUCUCAAAGGAGAUGUGGAAGUUGAUCAGGGCGAGGCAGAAAUUGGUCUUUAAUGACUGUGGUCUUCUGGCGACAGAUAUUUGGUUCUGGCUGGCAAAAGGAAUGAUUAAAAGGGAAGUUAGAAUAGGUAGGGCUGUUAUUUUAAUUGUAUGGUGCCUAGGUAUUUGAAAGCAGGAAUAUGUUCAACCAGACACACCUGUUUUCACUUGUGAUUGUGGUGCAAGGCACGCUUUAAUAGUUGUCAUUAAAGAUAUAGUCUGUUUUUUAUAGCCCAUGCAAUUCAUGUUGUGUAUAAUAACCUUUUUAUAAUAAUUAUUACUCUUUUUUUUGUCAGUGUUUUUAAAAUACAAACUUUUUAGUGUCAAACGCAACUUGAAAUGACUGCUGUCCCAGCUAAAAUACAUGCCUGAAAUAAGAAGACAUGGAUGUGAAAAUAAAGUUUGGAAGGCGACAUGUUUUUGAGGUUUCUUGGCAGAGUCCUCCCAUGUCCUCUCAUGUGACUUCACUGGAAACAGGAGUGUAGUAUAGUUACUGCAGCGCUGAUAUAAAAACACUUAAUUUGGCACAGUGUAAUGACGAUAAAACGGAAAUCUCAAUCAACGAAUGCUUCAUGUUUGCUGUCAUUGGUUGUCUCGCUGUGUGCCGGUGAUUUUUCCUACAGAAUGAAUGGCAACAAAGGGCUUUUUUUUUUUUUGAAAGGAGGAAAAUUGAACUAGACACCCAGAAGCAUGUUAGGCUCAACCAAAAUAUGUCUCGCACUUUAACGUUAAUUCAUGUCAAAAUAAAUGUGCCAUUCAUUCAGGACACAAAGUUAAAAAAAUUAAAAAUUGCUAAUGCUUUUGUUUUGAUAACCACAGAGCCUUACAGUAGAACAUUUCUGUUUCUGCGACAGUUUUGCCCCAAAAAAAAAAACAAAAUCAAAAUGACAUAAAAAAAUUUAAUUAACAGAAAAUUAAAUAAGAUUGAAGAUAGGGUUUUUUCAAACCCAAUGCUCAGGUCUCACCUCAUCUAAUGUAUCAUACAGUUCUGUCAUGCAGAACACAUUAUGUCCUGUUAAUUCAUCAGUAUGCCAUCCCUUCCUUACAUCCACACAGACAGAGGCUGAGGAAAUUAAGAUAAAAUGGAAUAUCCAUAAUUCAUGCCCACCCCCCUUGGCCUUACAUAACAACUUGAAAUUGUGUCUGCACGUGUGUGUGUGUGUGUGUGUGUGUGUAGCAUAGUGGAUAAAACAAAAUUAAAUCUCUAUCUCAAAGACCUGUUACCUGGCCUGGAAUUCUCAUUAUCAGAGCAGAUAAUUAUUGUCUGGCUUUUAAUUUACAAUUCUACGUGGUGAAUUAAGGAAGGCGGUGACAUGUCUGAAAUUUUUUUUAAACAAUAAAAUAAAAACAGGCCUUCGGUGUCCCUCCUGUCUGAUUAACUUGGUAUGCAUUUAAAUGAGCAAUGAGAAUUAAAGACUGAACGGACUGCAACCACACAGACAAACCCCACCCCUCUCCUUUCUGUUAUAUGGGAUCUAGUUUCAAAAAUAAGUAAAUGAUCACUGCUUUACAGGAUAAUAAUAAUCCCAGUUAACCUGGAUUUUCUUUUCAUACAUCUGAUAAUGAUUUCUAUGGGUCAAUAACACUGAACUCACCAGGUAAUUUUCUGAGUAAAAUUGGACAAAUUGAACACACAUCGUUCUCUCAAACAAAUUCUAAAAACCACCACAUUCUUAAGUAUGUUAUAGAAUUAAUAUUACAUUCAUUCACUGUGCCUCUGCUGCCUCACCUGUGUGACACACUAGCAUUACUGUUAGCCUUACCCUUAUAUAACCUUUCUCCUCUAUAGUGUCAAAUCUAAAAUGCUGUACUCAAAUAUUUUGGUGUCCAUGAUUUGAUUAUCCAUGCAGCAUUGCUCACUUGUUUUCUCCAUAUCUGUGUUAGCACAGAAAACAGUAAUAGUCGAGCCUACAAGCAGUUAGACAAACUUCUGGAAAACAAAGGUGACCCAGAAGUGUCUGUUGUAAAGCUUCAUUAGAGUUUACAGCCCAACUUACCGUAGUUGUGAGCUGUUUUCCUUUGCAAUGAGAGAUUAUCAACAAUAUUUUGUGUGCACUUUGGAAAUCUCAUACAAAGACCUGUUGUUUUGUUGUUGUUGUUGUUGUUGUAUUUCUUAACAAAGAAAGAUGAGAUCAUUUCUAAAAAGAGCUGGACACUGUAGGUUUAGCUCAUGUUACUCAGACAGGCAGUAAAUAGACUAUUUUCAACUGUGCAUUAAUUCACAUUUGGUGCACUAGUGAGUCGCCUAUUUCAGACAGCAGGAUGGUGUAUGUGGGAUUGACUCAAAGAAAACUAAAGUGCUCAUGGUGAUAUAGAGGCAUGGUAUCCAGUUCUUUUUUUCUUUUCUUUCUUUCUUUUCUUUUUUUUUGCCAGUCAGUAUAUAUAGAGAGAAAACAUGGUGAGAGACAGGGCUAUGCCAUGCAACAAGAGUCCAGAGUUUAAUCUUGGACGUUGUGGUCAUGUUAUAUGCACCAAUAGGCCACUGGAACACCCUCACUGUUUUUAAUGGUUUUUGGGCAGUGAUGGAGCUGUAUGGGAUGUAUCAGGUUUUGUACAGAAAUUGCUUUUUACUAGAAUCAGUUAUUUGUUGCUCUCGAGUUGUGGACUCAAAUGCAUAAUAUCACCUGACUUGUCCUCAAAAUUUGAUGGGUAGAGUUUUAGAAUCAAUAGAAAUGACAAAAAAUAACACCCAAGUUGUGCUAGACUCACAGAAUUUUAUGACUGUAUGGUAUAUGUAUUAAUUGGGAAUAAUAUAACAACUUCACACUGUACAAAUGAUGUGUUUUAGUUAAUGUUUUAGAGCCAGAGCUGGAAAAUGUUAAUGAGUACGUACGUCAUGUAAGUUGUAAUUACAAAAUAGAUCACGACAAUUCAAGUUUUAAAAAAAUAACAACAACUGAGAUGGUUUUUGGAAUAUUAGCUUAACUGCUAACAAGUGGAAAAAAAAAAUCUGAAUCAAAUCAAACAGCUAACAGCUCUUUUCCCUGGUGGUAAAUACAUGUAGGUCAAGUGGGAUUUUGCAGGCAGCGAUGCUGUACGUCUCAUUUGGUGUCACAGAUUUCAAAAGUGUGUCAACACAGCCAGCAGGCACUGCAAGUGUGUGGUACCUCUUUCAGAUUAUCCCUGUUCACUACAGUUACAGUCAGCCAGUUAUUUAUACCACAGCUCCUGAUCCAUAAACCUGUGCCAUAUUAGGUUAUUUGAAAGCAAUAACCUCUGACUGUUAUAGUUAAACUCUUGUUGUCAUUUAUCGUGCCUUUUGGUUCAAGGUACUCUUUGUGUUGUAGUUAGAAUUUUUAUCUCUCGGCCAAAACUCCAGUCAAAUAUCUAAAUGUUCUAGCGAUAGAUUCAUAUUUUAUUUAUUCAUUUAUUAUUUAGUCUUUAGUUGUGUCAGUGAGGUCACCUCAGUAGGUUUUCCAUAGAGGCAAAUCCACGUUUUCUUUUUAUUUAGCAGGACAGAGAAACAGCAGCAAACUAAUUAUGGGAAACUACCCUUUCAUAUAUUACUAUUAUAUUAGUUAUUUUAGCCAGUAAUGAGCUCAAACACUUGAUACUGUAAAUGUACAUAUUGUAGAUGAAUACUACAAAACCUAAAAACUCACAUUUUUUAUAAGAUAAAUUUUAUUUUUUAAUGAUCUUGUAAAAAACAAACAAACAAACAAAAAAAACAUUGAUAUUGAAUUUUGCCUCUGGUCUUAUUUCCCAGUCUGUUUGAUGGAACUGACAGUUUUAAGCUAAAAACAAUGAGUCACAUGCAUUUAAACCAAAGGAGGUGGAAACAUGUAACAUUUCUGUCCUGAUCAGUGUAUUUUUGCUCAUAUUCAGUUUUGUAUUGGAUCUUCAACAUGGACUUGUCUCAGACAGCAGUGUGAGGUUUGCUUUAUGUUUAUUUAUUUUUAGAACAUCAUAGGCAGUAUUAUGUCACUACUUUGCCACUGUAUUUUUGGUAAUAAAGACUGAAUAAUAAAUGA